AGUCCCUAGUGGUUCUUAGAUCUAUGACGUUUCAAGAAAUUUUUGUUUUUGAAAAAAAUUUUGCAUUGUUGUGCGUUUUUUAACUAGUGCCACGUCUAAUAGUCCUUUUAAUUACGUGGCUAUCAAAUUUGUGAUACAUGAUAAUUAUUUUAGAUUAUUAAGAAGAAUUAAAAGGAAAUAUUACUUGUCCAGUUUUAUGGUGAACAAAUACAAUCAAAUAUGGCUCAAAAAUCAUUCAUGUACUUCUCAUAUGGCAGUAAUAUGCAGUCAGACAGAAUACACAAAAAUAGUCCAUCAGCUAAACAAAAAGGAAUUGGAAAAAUAGAUGAUUAUCGAUUGGAUUUCAUAAGAUAUUCUGAUAAUUGGCAUGGAUGUUCUGCAACAAUUGUACCAAGUCGGAGUUCUGAAGUUUGGGGAGUGAUUUGGGAAAUAGAUAUGAAGGAUAUGCCAAAUUUGGAUAAGCAAGAAGGUGUGGAUGCUGGCAUAUAUUUAGUUAAAAAUGUUACUGUCCAAACCUUAAAUGGUGACGAUGUAGAGUGUAGAACUUACCAACAAACUCAAUUACCGGACGAGUAUAUCCAACCAAAUGAAUUACCUCCUGAAAGACAACCUUCCCUUGCAUACAUGAAUAGAAUUAUAGAAGGUGCUAAAGAAUACCAGAUUCCUACAUAUUAUUUGAAAUUCUUGAAUUCAUUUCGUCAUAAUAAUUAUAAAGGUCCAGUAAAUAUUCCAUAAAGGAGUUAAUAAGACCAUAUUGUGCAAUGUGAGAUUUACUACUGAUCAUUUUUGGGCAGAGUAACUGCGUAACACAGUGACAAUAUUUUUUAACUUAUAACAAUUUUUUUCUAUAAAGAUUAUAAAAUAUUUUACAAAUUAAUAUUAAUAAAUCUAAUACAUUAAGGGAACGUGAUUUUAUUUAACAUAUU